GCUUAAUCGUCUGCACACAACACAUUGGAAAAUGGUUUGCUUGGCAUGUUUGUUGCCCCUCUUUCUCGUUCCAAUUGUCAACAUACUGCCCCUCCUAUUUUAUUAUAUCGUGGGGAAAAUCUAUGCUCUUUUCGGGUGGGAGUACAGGAAACCGGAGAGGGCUCCUCCAGCAUGUCCGUACAAGCCUACAGCAAAACGGGAUAGCAAAGUUGAUGCAGAUGCUGGACCGGCUCCAGUUGAACCUGUUGAACCUGGAGGAAUAGAUUCGAAGCAGGAUUAAGCCGGGGUUGUUACUCUGCUAUAAGGUUGGAUUGGACGGCAAAAGUAUGACCUCAUUUACAUGGUUUGAGACUGUGUCCGUAACUCUUUCUAUUACUGGAAAAAAAAAUGAAUUUAUAUGAGGGCUAAGGUCGUUAAUGUUAUAACUUGGUAUAAAGAUGUUACGGUGAGUAUUUUGGUUGUAGAGAUUGUUCCCAUCUGUUCAAAUGGGCAGCCAUCAGACUUCAGCUUCAUAAUUUAGCGACCGAAAAUAAUUCAUUUA